UUUUUCAUCAUUUUCACUUUCCUAAUUGUUAGGGUUCUUCGCUUUCCGCCAAGGGUUCUCCGCGAUGAUCGAGGUGAUUCUCAACGAUCGUCUGGGCAAGAAGGUGAGAGUCAAGUGCAACGAGGAUGAUACCAUCGGCGAUUUGAAGAAGCUCGUGGCGGCGCAGACGGGGACGCGCCCGGAGAAGAUCAGGAUCCAGAAAUGGUACACGAUCUACAAGGACAACAUCACUCUGUCCGAUUACGAGAUCCGCGAUGGAAUGGGGCUGGAGCUCUACUACAAUUAAGCGUGAAGGAAAGUCUGUGCUUCAUAGCUAUGGAAGCUUAAGAAAGAGGUGCUUUCCUUGUAAGCGUUUCUCACAAGUAAUGUAAAGCAGAGUUUUCUCUUAA